CCCGAGGGACGGCCGGCGCCCGAAGCCAGGGUGCACUUCCGAGUGGCGAGGUUCAUCAUGGAGGCAGGUGUCAAGCUGGGGAUGCGGUCCAUUCCCAUUGCCACUGCUUGCACCAUUUACCGUAAGUUCUUCUGCGAGACCAACCUGGACGCCUAUGACCCUUACUUGAUCGCCAUGUCUUCCAUUUACUUGGCUGGCAAAGUGGAAGAGCAGCAUCUGAGGAUUCGUUAUAUCAUCUAUGUGUCCAACAGGUACUUUAACCCAAGCGGUGAGCCCCCGGAGUUGGACUCCCGCUUCUGGGAGCUCCAAGACAGCAUUGUGCAGUGCGAGCUUCUCAUGCUGAGAGUUCUGCGCUUCCAGGUCUCCUUCCAGCACCCACACAAGUACCUGCUCCACUACCUGGUUUCCCUCAAGAACUGGCUGAACCGCCUCAGCUGGCAGCGGACUCCUUUCGCCGUCACUGCCUGGGCCCUGCUGCAGGACAGCUACCACGGGGGGCUGUGCCUCCGCUUCCAGGCCCAGCACAUAGCCGUGGCAGUGCUCUACCUGACCCUGCAGGUCUAUGGAGUCAAGGUACCUGCUGAGGUCGAGGCUGAGAAGCCGUGGUGGCAGAUUUAUACCAUGGACACAGAGAUCCCCUAA